CAGGUGUGGGUUUUGUAGUUCAAGUGAAGGAAACUCAUGCUCCCUCCUGCAUGCAUGAACAGUUUGAAGAAGAAGAAGAAGAGUGUAUGGGGGAAAUCCAGGUGUCCCAAUACUUUUGGCCAGACCCUGUAUAUGUCUCUAAGUGUGUAUCAAACUGCACAUUAUUUUCUCAUUUCAACUGAUAAGUAUUUAAAAUGGUGAUGGAGCUCCUUUCUCCACUGAGCAGCUAAACGCCGUCAGAGCAAACUCUCGCGAUAUUUCAUGUGCGUGUGUGUGUGUGUAUGUGUAUGUUUUUGUAUCCUAGCAACCGGAGCGUCAAUCAUGGCGGCUGACAGAGACUCUGCAGGAGCUGUAGUAAGCCCACUGCACAGGAGAAUCAGUUCUGCAUUUGAUGUGUUUGAUCACGAGUCCAAUCACACUGUUGAUGUCAGAGAGAUCGGCACUAUAAUCCGUUCCCUCGGCUGUUUCCCCACAGAGGCAGAGCUGCAUGAUGUCAUUGCUGAGAUAGAGGAAGAGGAAGCGAGUGGAUUUAUACGCUUCGAGAAAUUUCUCCCUGUCAUGACUAAAAUAUUAAUGGACAACAAGUUUCGUCCGAUUCCUGAAGAUUUACUCCUGCAGGCGUUUGAGGUGUUGGACCAGCAGAAGAAAGGAUAUCUAGAACCAGAGGAACUCACCCAGUAUCUUACACAGGAAGGAGAGCCAUUUUCUCAGGAGGAAAUGGAUGAAAUGCUCUCUGCUGCAGUAGAUCCUGAUAAACAGCUGGUCUUUUACAGAGAGUUUGUAGGCAUGAUGACACUUGAAGACCCGCGGUAACCAUGGUAACCCUGAAGAUGCCACUUUUCAACAUGUCACCUGAUGAUGCAUUUAUAACACAGUUACUAAAGAAAGUAAAUAACCUGUGUUUAUUUUA